AAAAAUUCUCUAAUUAGUCUGGAAACGGGGGACCUAAUUCUUGCAUUUUGUGAAAACGGGUUUGUGUGUUUCAUGUCCAACAGAAGAACUGGAUCUAUGUUUACAGAAAAUGGAUCCGUUUGUUUCGAGCACUGAAGAAUUUCAUGGCUUAGCAGCUACUGGAGAAGAACUUCAAAGAGCGUGCAAUGCGUUUGAAACAGGGAUGAAUUGUGUAGACGAGUACAUAAGUCGAUGUAUAUCUUACGAACAGAGAGUUCUUUUGGAUAAAAAAUUAGCCGGUGCUCGCAAAGUCAUGGCAACUGUUUGCAAGGAAGAGAAAUUAUUGCAAGGACAUCGUACUUAUAACUGUUUCCGUGAUUUAAAAAAUGAAUUUGUUCAAUGUUCGAAACCUAUCCACAAAAUUCGACAAAAACGGCCUUACCAUAGCGGAGAUGACACUUUUCGAAAUCUUUGUUGUGCCCAAAUGAAGUUUCUAGACUGCAUAUCGACAGAAACGAGAAAGAUAUGCGAAGAACAUGCAGUUUCACUGGUACUGAAACUAAUACAAGAGAUUUGGUCACCCCAAUUACAGCAAAAAUGUUCAUUGUUAUCGAUUAUUUGCUCCAGUUGCACUCGGAUUUGUCUUAAUCGAUUAAUUAUAUCUUUAAACUUAAUUUUCAUUAUAAAUGAUGUAAAAACGUAUAUUUUAUAAUUAAACUUUAAAGGAAUUUGGAUGAUUUUAACGAUGAUUAUAUUUUCAUGCAAAGAGAAGAAGAAAAUAAAGC